UUGAAUUUUUCAGAAGAAGUUUGAUACCUCAAGUUUCGCUCCGUGAAUCUAUCAGGUGAACUCACUAGUUCGGUUGGUUAGUUACGCUAGCUCACGACAGGAGUUUGCGUGUUCGUGUCACUUGCACAACACUUUUUCUUAUAUUUUUGCGCGCGUGGAGUUCGGUAGCUCCAAAUGGGCCGGCCUAUUUGUCGCUGCCAUAAGUGAAGGCUCAACAAUUUGCCGCCUGUGGGCAGCAAAUAGGAGCUCUCGCGGUUGAGUGGUUGUGCAUAGGUGGCUCAUGGGCGGCGAAUCUGUGGGUCAGGCCCAAUAAGAAAACGAUCGAGUUGGCCCAGUAGAACAGUCGAAGCCACACUACUUAGCAUGGCCCCAUAGAACCCUAAAUCCCAUCUCCUUGUCUAAUCCCCUCUCCUAGGGCAUGGACUCCCUCAUGCCGCCGCCGGCGCCGCAACCGUGGAACACCGAAGGUGAAUAUAUUUACCACCUUUCCUUUUUAUUGCAUUGAUGCCUCCAACGUUGCCACUUCGACCACUAGGGGAGGUCCACCGAUCCAGCGGAGAAUGGUAGGGGAAGGUUUAGGGUUUUGUCUGGGCAGAGAGGAAGAGAUCUUGGAAUUCUUCCGGCUUCCGUCAAAGCAGAUGAUUGUUUGCCACCAAAUAAUGCGUUGUGUAGGCAUGAUGAAGGGCAGCAUGUCCAGAAUUGUGAUUGGAUCAGCACAAUGCCAGAUGAUAUUUUAAUUGAAAUUCUUUCCCUAAUGACAAUAAGUGAGGCAGCAAUGACUGGUUUCCUUUCCACCAGAUGGAGGCAUGUCUGGAAAAAAAUUGACCAUCUCAUCCUUGAUUCCUACGCUUUUGGGAUGCAAGAGUUAGAAAAGUCACGUAACCAUGAAAAUCCUCUUUUGUGGAAUGAUGUAGCUACAAAGUUUGUUAACAAAGUAAAUGGGCUUUUGCACAGUCGUUAUGGUAACAAAAUCAAGGAAUUCAGUAUCAGAUUCCAAUUAACCUCAGCCCAUGCUUCUAACCUGGAUCACUGGAUUGACUUUCCAUUGCAGCCUCUACAGAAAAGCUCUUCCUUGACCUGGAUAACAAGUGUUGCAAGGAAGGUUGUAUGAUUUGUGCGAAAGGUGUGAAUGCUGCUUCAGAGCCAUAUGAAUUCCUCUUGGGGCAUUUUUUUAUGGUAGAGCCUGCUCGUUGGACGAAUUGACUCUUUUCAAUUGCUGUAUAGGAAGAAUGCCUGCAAAUCUGAGUGGGUUCUCAUAUAUUAAAUACCUGAUGCUUGCCCGUGUGUCAAUUGUUGAUGAAACCAUUUCAAAUAUUGUGUCCAGCUGUUGUGCUCUUGAAAGUCUAGUCCUACAAUAUUGCCAUCAGUUGAUUCAUUUGACGGCUUCUCAUGCACGGUUGCAAAUCUUGGUUGUUCAAUUUUGCAAAAGCUUGGUUAGUAUUUGUAUUCGUGCUGACACCCUUGAGUCAUUCGUGUACAUGGGCUACAAGAUCAAUAUUGACUGCGAACAUACACAAUUUCUUGAUAUGCUCCAUGUUUAUUAUGUGAACAAGGACGACUGCGCUUUAGACUUCAUAAGUGCAUUUCCUAAGCUCCCCAAACUAGAAUUUUUGGUAAUCCAGUUUCCUACAUGCUUACCGGUAUACCGUGUGUUGCAGCAUGCUACAAGGUUUGCUGGUUUGACAACAGUUAUAUUGAUUCUCAUGAAACCUUGGAAAGAGGACAUUUCCUCAGUGGCUUAUCUCCUCAAAUCAGCUGCUUUAAUAGAAUAUUUUGGUCUACAUGGUUGUUGCAAGCUUCAACAACAUACUCAGUUGAACAUCCCAUGGCCCGAGGAUUUUAUACUUUCAAGACUCUACACUAUUAUAAUUGGUGGGUUUAGUGGGGAAUUCGAACUCAUGGAACUAGUGUACUUUCUACUACGGAGUACACCGGCGUUAGAUGUAUUCAGAAUCGAUACACGUGCCAUGGAGCCAUGGUUGGUCAGAGCGAACGAGGAUAAGUUGCAAGAUGACACGAGACGUCAUUAUGCAAGAGAUAUGGCUUACGCACACUUGGUUCCCAAGGUCCCAUCCACCGCGAAGUUCCAUAUUAUAUGAUCUAUUCACUUUCUAAAAAUGUAAAGUGUUGCAGAAUCGGUGAACAGGGCUAUGUUGAACUUGAUGCAUCUUAUAGUCGGAUCUUGUUUUGGUACUAGCUUAAUUCUCCUGCUUUGCCACACAUCAAAAUCGUAUUAUUUGAACAUAUGUAGGAUUUGCCUAUGCAUGUUUACAUGCCUAAUAAGCUCCGUUAUGGAUCAA